AAAAACUAUUUUGGAUCGCAAACUUUCUAAAUUACCUUUCGAUUUAAUUUCAAACACUGCACUAGGAAAAAACACUUAAGAACAAUGCGGAUCGGACGAAAAUACAAGGACGGACGAAAAGAUCACGAUUUACACGCGAUAAUAUCAACGUCAUCGAGCGGUUUACCAAAAUGGAGACAGUCGCCCAUUGAUUUGAAGCCGACCAAUACGUGGACUCAAAAGUUUCCACCUUUGUUGUUAACCGGUUAUUGGUUAAAAAAGGGAAAAGCGACGAUGACGAACACAGGAAAAACAGUUAACAUCGAACUGUUGGAUCAGUCAACCGAUCCUUAUUUACGAGGUGGACCAUUGAGCGAAGACGAGUUUAAAUUGAAAAAUGUACAAUUUCGUUGGGGUCCAAGCGAUUCUCAAGGUGCCGAACACUCUAUAAACAGUGUAUGGUAUUCUAUGGAGGCGCAAGCUCUUCAUUGGAAUACUCGAUAUGGAUCGUUGGAAAAGUGUUACGACAAAUCUGACGGUAUUGCGAUACUUUCUUAUUUGAUGCAGGUCGUUGGCUGUAAAGGAAUGCCAGAUAAUCCAACAGUCGCUCGUGUUACCGAUCACUUACCAAGAAUUAAAAAGAUGGGGAGUAGUAUAACCGUUACACCUGACUGUUUGUGGUGGAUACUGCAGGCGUGUGCGGCUCCAGGCUAUUUUACGUAUCUUGGCUCUCUUACCGUGUCACCGUAUAACGAAUGUGUAAUUUGGAUAAUAAUUUCACACGCGAUAAAAAUUUCUUCUCGUCAAAUGGAUGCAUUUAGAAAUAUUUAUGACUACAAAUGGGAUCCCAUAGUGAGUAAUUACAGGCCGCAACAGUUAUGCUGCGGUAGACGAAUUUUAUAUGCCACUGAUUGCAGCAUAGUUUGACGAUUAAUAAAAAUUUAUUGAAGCGACA